UGGUAUGACUGCGGGGUCAGUAAAAGCAAUAUGUCCGACUAAAUAGUCUAGCUACUGUCAAAUUCACGUAAACAUAAUUGAAAAUUAAUGGAAAACAUUUAAUUGAUGAACAUGUAAAAGGGAAUUGAGGACUCUGAAGAUGGCUCAAGGCGUACUGAGCUCGGACAUAUCGAGGAGGAAUCCUCAGGACGAGUACGAACUCAUACAAAGGAUUGGGAGUGGAACUUAUGGAGAUGUCUAUAAAGCCAAGAGGUUAUCCACCAAUGAUUUGGCGGCCAUCAAAGUCAUCAAGCUUGAGGCUGGUGAUGAUUUCCAAAUCAUCCAACAAGAGAUUCUGAUGAUGAAAGACUGCAGACACUCAAAUAUUAUAGCUUAUUAUGGUAGUUAUUUACGCAAAGACAAACUAUGGAUUUGUAUGGAGUACUGUGGUGGAGGUUCACUGCAAGACAUAUAUCACAUUACUGGACCCUUAACCGAACAGCAGAUAGCUUAUAUGUGUCGAGAGACCCUGUUAGGUCUAUCUUAUCUACAUAUGAUGGGGAAGAUGCACAGGGACAUUAAGGGCGCUAAUAUCCUCUUGACAGAAUGCGGGGACGUGAAAUUGGCGGACUUUGGCGUGUCCGCCCAGAUCACUGCAACCAUUAACAAGAGAAAAUCCUUCAUUGGAACACCAUAUUGGAUGGCCCCAGAGGUAGCUGCUGUGGAAAGGAAGGGUGGUUACAAUCAGCUCUGCGAUAUUUGGGCGAUCGGAAUAACUGCAAUCGAAUUGGCCGAGCUGCAACCACCUAUGUUCGAUCUGCAUCCGAUGCGGGCGCUUUUCCUAAUGUCCAAGAGUGGUUUUAAGCCGCCCACGCUCAAAGAUAGAGACAAAUGGAGCGGAACGUUCCAUAAUUUCGUCAAGGCCGCGCUCACGAAGAAUCCCAAGAAGAGACCAAAUGCCGAGAAACUUCUGCAGCAUCCGUUUUUUGGGACCGGGAUGAAUAAGCGACUCGCAACAGAACUGCUCCAAAAAGUGAAUAAUCCAUCACACAUGUUUAGUUAUAUGGAACCAGACGAGGACGGGUCCGUUCCGAAUGUACCGCAACGCAUUGCAUCACGCCUCACGACCCGCCCUAAAGGAAGAGUACUGACGCCUUCCUCGGAUAUAGAAUGCAUCGAUGAGGCUAAUAAUACUUUACACAAUAGGCCAGCAGGUCCUUCAAGUGAUAUUCCAGAUGAGAGCACCAAAGCAUUUGACAUUAUGGACAUCAUGAACAAUGUGACGUCCGUUCACAAAUGCAUGGAGCACCAGAACCAAAGAUGCGGCAUUGGCACGGCCUUCGAUUCCCUGAACAGAGAAAACGAGGAGAGGCGUGCAAUUACCGGCUCACAAAUUUUGAAAAUGUCCUUAAGGAGUCUCUUGCAGUACAUAGACGAAGAGCUAAUGCUGAGGGGAGCCUACAAAUAUCAGCCUAGUGAUUCGUAUACACAGCAGGCGACGCUGCCGGUGCAGGAUAGCGAGGCAAGUUUGCAUGGAAAGUGCGACGUGCACUCGAUUCUUUCUAGUCCAACCAGUGAUAGCGCGAUCAACGGGUCGCCCAGACGGCACUCCUCCGUCGACGAGAUCUUCGAGCUGGUGAACAACAUGAGUCUGAACGGGCAGAGGCAGCGAUCGCUGAGCGACAGCGGUAGAACGGAGAAAACCAUCAACGGCGCCGAGACCGACGACAUCCAUGACACGCACGACACCAGCGUCCCCGAUUUGGUGGGAUGUCCGCCGGUGCCGCCCAGGAAGCAUAGGAGGAGACACACUCCGCCACGCCCACCUAGUAACGGGUUACCGCCCACUCCCAAGGUGCACAUGGGAGCGUGCUUUUCCAAGGCAUUCAAUGGAUGUCCGCUGAGGAUUCAUUGCACCGCCUCCUGGAUACACCCGGAGACCAGAGACCAACAUAUCUUGAUCGGCGCCGAGGAGGGCAUCUACAACUUGAACCUGAACGAGUUGCACGAAACUUGCAUCGACCAAUUGUACAACAGGCGGACCGUGUGGAUGUACGUGAUCAAGGAUGUCCUCAUGACAUUGUCCGGAAAAACUCCGCAGCUAUACAGACAUGACCUCCUGGCUUUGCAGAGCAAGCAGUCGCACCGCUUCAGUCUACACAUGACCAAAAUUCCGGAGAGGCUGGUGCCGCGGAAGUUCGCACUCACGACUCGUGUUCCGGACACGAAGUUCACGCAGAAGUGCUGCGUAGCCCGAAAUCCUUACAACGGUUACAAGUACCUCUGCGGAGCAACGAACGGUAGCAUCUACUUAAUGCAGUGGUACGACCCACUCAACAAGUUCAUGCUUCUCAAGAACGUCGAGUGCUCGUUCAAUUCCACCCUGCACGUCUUCGAGAUGAUCAUCACGCCGGAAUUGGAAUACCCAAUGGUGUGCAUCUCGGUGAAGCAGGCGUAUCAGCAGAAUAGGUACAAGCUAGACUUGAUCAACAUGAACUCAGGGGCGAACUGGUUUCAUUCCGAUGAGCUGCAGGAUAUGGACGGCACCGCAACGGUGAUCCCGAAACGGGAGAACCUGAACAUCGUCUGCGUGCGGCAGAUCGAGAAAGAUUCGAUGCUGGUCUGCUAUGAUAACGUUGUGAAGAUCGUCACGUUGCAAGGGAAGCUGCGCGCCGACAAGAAGCAAGUUUCCGAACUGAUAUUCGACUUUAAUAUAGAUAGCAUAAUUGUUUUACCGGAUAGCGUUUUGGCAUUCCACAAGCACGGGGUGCAAGGUAGAUCCUUCAAGAACGGCGAUAUCACGCAAGAGAUCACCGACAGCUCUAGGACAUACAAAUUAUUAGGAUGCGAUAAAGUUGUGAUGUUGGAAAGCAAUUUACUGCGGACGGGAACCUUAACGCAGGAGGAGGGCCACGACCUGUACAUUCUGGCCGGUCACGAGGCUAGUUACUAAAACCACUUGAAACAAGGAAUUUUAAUCCAUAGUAAUGCCUGGAUUUGGACGUAACACGAAAUGCUCAGAUGGGUAACAGACAAAAAAAACCUCCGCUUUAUUCGCUUUAGUCUCGAUUUCUUUCUUUUUUAUGGUAUAAACUAGCGGAAGAAAGGAAAAAAACCACGAGAAACAGAAAAAAAAACAAU